UCUGGGGUUUUCCACUUUGGUCAUCUGUGGCCAUAAGCCAUCUUUGAAGUGUGGGCUAAUCCGUGGGCCUUAAUGGGCCGUAGAUCCGUUUAAGAAUGGGCCGAUAUGAGCCCAUGAUGAGGAUGAUGCUUUUUCUCGCUUUCGCGGAAUUGUUUGUUCUUUAGGCGAUUGAACAGCUCCGAAUAACAGACGGAAAUCUAGAGGAAGAGGGAGAUAGAUUUCUUCGAAUAGGUUGAAUAUAAUUGUGUUCUUUUCAGCAACUUGAUUGAUUUUUCGGACAGUUGGGGGAUACAGCUUGUAGAGAAAAAUGAUGAGGCUACAAACGUAUGGGGGUCUUAGUUUGGUAGCGACACUAGUGGUUAUUUAUCACGCUUUUUAUAGUAGAGGCCAGUUCUACCCUGCAAUGGUACAUUUAUCGACAUCCAAGAUCAGUUUGGUGCUUCUUCUCAACAUGGGUCUCGUCUUUAUGUGUUUCUUGUGGCAAAUAACCAAAUGGAUAUUCCUUGGAUCUCUGCGAGAGGCCGAGGAUGAGAGGCUCAAUGAGCAGUCGUGGCGGGAAAUUAUGGAAAUACUUUUCGCGAUCACCAUUUUCCGGCAGGACUUUUCGGUUACAUUUCUUGCUAUGGUGACUGCUCUUUUGCUAAUUAAGUCUCUUCAUUGGUUGGCUCAGAAAAGGGUCGAGUACAUAGAAACAACCCCUUCGGUUCGCAUGGUGGCUCAUAUCCGAAUUGUUUCUUUCAUGGGAUUCCUUCUUCUGCUGGACAGUUUGUUUUUGUAUAGUUCUGUGAGAUAUUUGAUACAAACCCGUCAGGCUUCAGUUUCCUUCUUAUUUUCAUUCGAGUAUAUGAUACUGGCGACAACAAUAGUUUCAACAUUUGUAAAAUAUGUUUUUUACGUCAGAGACAUGCUUAUGGAAGGACAAUGGGAAAGAAAGGCAGUCUACACUUUUUACUUGGAACUUGUUCGGGACUUGCUGCACUUGUCUAUGUAUCUAUGCUUCUUUCUUGUGAUUUUCAUGAAUUAUGGCGUGCCUCUGCACUUGAUUCGCGACCUUUAUGAGACAUUUCGCAACUUUAGGGUUCGCAUUGCUGAUUAUAUUCGUUAUCGGAAGAUCACUUCUAAUAUGGAUGACCGUUUUCCAGACGCAACACCUGAAGAGCUGAGCACGAGUGAUGCAACCUGCAUCAUUUGUCGUGAGGAGAUGACUACAGCCAAGAGGCUAAGUUGCGGGCAUCUGUUCCAUGUGCAGUGCCUCCGUUCAUGGUUAGAGCGGCAGCACACGUGUCCAACUUGUAGGGCCCCUGUUGCACCACCUGAAAAUGGGACUAGUACUUCUGGAUCAUGGGCAGAAGCUCAUCAACAAGGAACGGCAAGUACUCCUUCUCAGAGUUCAAGUGGAGAUGGUGAGGUAAAUGACAUUGUUAGGCAGCAUCAGGCCAGGCUACAAGCUGCUGCUGCAGCUGCCUCAAUAUAUGGGAGAUCUUUUGUUUAUCCUUCUGUAGAUACUUUCACGGGGGGCCCUUCCAACUUCGGUGGACAAUCUUUGGAUGGACAGUCACGACAGCAUCCAUUUGCAAUCCCAGAUGGACCUGCCAACUUUGGCAGCAGUCAAUUUCCACAUUGCAGUUUUGUCCCUUUCUUGUCUCCUGGAUCAGAUGUGAACUACCGAGAAAAAUUCGGCAGCAAUCUUAAUAUGCCAUAUUUUCAGCUGGAGACCCAGCAACAAUUUCUUCAAGACCAGAUUGAGAUUUUGCAAAACCAGCUCCACCUUCUACAGAAGUCAAGGACCGAGAAAAGCAUGGAUGUGAGUGUCCCAUCAUCUUCAGACAUCAAGGGAAAGGCUGUUGCACCAUCACCUUCAUCCGUAUCAGAUUGCAGUCAACAUCAGGAGGCUGAAGAGCCAGAGAAGAGGUAAUAGAUCUUGCAAACGCAGUACUAUCACAAGGUGACUCGAGACUGUGAAUACUAUGAAAAGGCAGAGAGCGAAAACAUCACCCUUUUUUUUGGCAAUUCGUUAUGAAGUGAUUUUAGGAGUUCCGGAAAUCUUGUAACAGAGUAACAUCCUCGGAAUGCAUAUGUAGAACAAAAAACGAUGCUUGUUUGAAGAAAUUGUAAAUUGACAACUGUUGUCCGUUUUUUCUUCUCUUGUUUUUCCUUUUAUAGUUGGCAAUGGCUUUACAAUGUGCCAUUUUCCUUUAAGCUAUUUUUUGGCUGAACAAUGGGGAUAUUUGGACAAUUGCUGCCUGUCUAGAACUAUUUAUUGGGGACCAUUACUACU